AUGACAGACUCCCAGCUGGGCCAUGCCCCCGACCCGCCCUCAGCCCCAAGCGGGGCUGCCCCGUCCCUGCCCCCGGGCAUCUCACCGUGGUCUCGCCUUCGCCCAGCUCUGGCCGUCAUGGCUGGGGCGCUGCUUGGGCCCGCAGGGGACAAAGGCACUGCGGUCACUCCCGCCGCCUCCGCUGCGGCUUCCCCGGCCCGAGCUCCUCCGCUCGGCAGCGCGGCUGCCGGCCCUGAGCCGCCGCUGUCCCAUUGCCAGGAGCGAACCCCUGGGGAUGCCCAGCCCAGGCCGCUCGAGGCACCCUCAGGGGCCGUUCCUGGCCCCGGGCCGAGCGCUGACAGCCGCGUCUCGCCGGCAGGGAAGGCGCAGCAGCCCCUCCAGGAGCAGAACCGCCUGGGUUCGCUGCUGGGCCGCGGCGGCUUCGGCAGCGUCUGGGCGGCCACACGGAUCUCAGACCGUGCCCCGGUGGCCAUCAAAAGGGUGCCACGGAACCGCAUCCAGCACUGGGGCAAACUGCCCAACGGCACCAGCGCACCCCUGGAGAUCGUGCUGCUGCACAAGGUCUCCACUGGCUUCCCUGGUGUCGUCCAGCUGCUGGAGUGGCUGGAGCUCCCCAAUGACAUCAUUAUCAUCAUGGAGCGCCCGGAGCGGUGUCAGGACCUCCAGCACUUCAUUUGGGCACGGGGGUUCCUGAGCGAGGAGGUGGCACGGGAGCUGUUCCACCAGGUGCUGGAGGCCGUGCGGCACUGCACCAGCUGCGGGGUCCUGCACCGCGACAUCAAACCAGAGAACAUCCUGGUUGACCUGGGCACCGGGCAGGCCAAACUGAUUGAUUUUGGCUGUGGCACCUACCUGCAGGACACAGCCUACACACGCUUUGCAGGUGAGAAAGGGCUGGGACUGCUGUGCUAG